CACCCCAUCCACCGAGCCGGCUGAGCCCACCAUCCCCCCUGCUGUCUCUCGCAGUUCCCCCAAUUCUUCUGGAUCGAGGCGUCGUCGCCGUCGCCGUUGCCGUCGCCGUCAGCUCCUCCGAGCGCCUCCUCCGUGCGCGGGCCUCACCGGAUCCGCAUGACCACAUCCACAUGCUGGCCUCCUCCUCUGGCUCGACCCCGAGAUCCCCUACCCGGCUCCUCCCCGGCGAUGGUGUGGUCCAGGCCAUCGUGCAGCCAUGGAUCUAGGCCAUGGCCCUCCCUGCUCGUCCUUCCACCCCCUCUACCACGGCAGAGACGAGGCCCAAUCACUCGCCACCCCCACGAGCUCCGGGCAUGAGGUCCUAGACCCGCCUCAUCUAGAUCGGGCCGCCGUGUCGCGCCAUCACCACGUGAACCCGGCUGCCUCCUCCACGAUUGACGACGUCCACACGGACGGCCGUGCACCACCACCACCUCCUCCUAUACUCGGCUAUUGGAGGACGUGUAGGUGCUCCCAGCGGCCUCUCUCCUCUCUCUCUCAAUAUUUUCCAUGUUUGCGCGGGGGAUUCACUGCUCGUCGCCAGCGCAGGUUUUACAGGUUAUGGGGGUGGAUGAGCUGCUAUAGAUUUGUGCACACAAUUCUAAACUACAAAGUCACAUACUACUGUGUUGAAAGAUCAAAGAAAAAAAUGCAAACCAGAUUCUUGUCUAGUUGGUAGUUAUGUUUUCGUAGUACCUACAAUAUACUUUUCUUCUCUUUUCUUUUUUUUGCUACAUAGACAUUGGUUCUUUCUACAUUAUGUGUGAAAUAAGCCUCUAUGUGCUCUCUCCUAUAUAUUUGCACAUUUUCUGCAUUUUGUUGCAGACAUUGCUGUAAAAGUUGGCUUGUCCCAUGAUGUAGUAGCACGAAAAUCACUUAAAAUUGCACAGGUACCAGAUCUCCCUUUUAUUA